AUGUCUCCAUCCCACAAUGCAAGGGCUUCUCGACCAGUCAGGAGGGAGGAUCUCAACAAACAGAAACUCAAACAACCGAAGACGACUUCCAAGGCAACCAACAAAAAGGUGACCUCCCUCCAGUCUGUCAGCCCUGGGAAAGGAAAACCAUUAAUUCAAGAGAGAAAUGUUAAGAAAAAAACAGAGCCCAAACCUCCCAUGCCAGUCAGAGGCCUUCUGACAAGGGCUGGAGCUGCACGAAUGAAUCUGGAAAGGAAUGAGGUUCUUCAUCGGAACCCAGAAUCCUUAACUAGCACUGGGUUUACUAUGGCUCUCAGAAGAACCUCCCUGAGUAGGCGUCUCUCCCAGCCUCCAGUGGUUGUAACCAAACCUAAGAAAGUUCUGCCGUCUAAGAAUUUAGAAAAGCAAGAGUGUGAGUAUGAGGUGGUCACUGAUGUGGGAGUACGACACUCUGAAAAUCAAUCAGACUCAAUGCAAGAUCCCCCAAUCCCCCCUGACAUUGAUAAUCUAAUUGAUGUACAAAAGUCAUCUUUAAUUAAAAGUGAGAGCCAAAAGACAACCCAGUCUUUGUCCCAAAGGGUUGAAGAAGCCAAAACCAACAUUACCACCCACAGUGGCUUGGCAGUAGAGAUCCAUUCUAGGCCAUUGGAAGGGGGGACACAUGAAGAAGAGCUAUUCUCGGGAGAGACAUUAAAUGAUAUCAAUGAUUACACUAGAAAGUUUACACAAGACGCUGAAUGGGCUCCUUUGCCCCCAAGCACAAUCUCCAAGGUUACCUCUGAAAGAAACACCAGGGAUCAGUUAGAAGAUUUGGGUUCACGAGUAGAAUCUCUUAAGCUAUCCGAUUCUUACUUGGAUCCCUUGAAAGAUGAGCAUGAUUGCAAUCCCACCUCCAGCUUUAAUAAUGUUAUAUCGGAAAUAGACUUUCAAAACUGCUUGUCUGUUGGUGGGUCUGUGUAUCCUACCUCUUUAUUAAAACUCCUGGCAGGCUCAGAACAAGAACCCCUUGGUGCUAACAUAAACCAUCAGGAGGUCCUCAGAGCCACCCUAGAGCAACAGGAAGUUUCUGGUGCUGCUCCAAAUCAACAACAAAUUCCUGACUCCAGCUCUGUCCUAGGUGAGGCCUUCAGUGCUACCCCACACCAGUGGGAAGUUCCUGGUACUAACCCAGUUCAUGGAGAGGUCCUAGGGGAGACCUCACACUUUCCAGAGGUUCCUGGUGCCAUUCCAGUCCAAGAGGAGGUCUUUAGUGCCAUCCUAGACCAACAAGAAGCCCUUGGUAUGAGUGGUGGUGCUGUCCCAGAUCUGCCUGUCUUCUUUGCUGCUCCUCCAGACUCAACUGUUACCUGUCAUGUUCUCUCAGAGUGGCCUGAACCCCAGAGCGCUGUCUCAUGUGGGCCGGAGGCCCAGGGUGCUAUGCAGAUUUUGCCUUUGGACUGCUCAGGUCACACGCCUCAGUCAUCGACAUACUCUGAGAAAAGCUUGAUACCUCCAGCAAUGGCUCUUAGCAAUAAAGAAAACGAAAAGCAGGUUCAUAACAAUGUUCUGCCAAUUUACCUUCCCAGGUUUGCAAUAGCCCCUGAAAGAGGACUGUACCCGGCUCCGCUGAGUGCUCAACUCGCCCAGUCCGGCCCUAGCAUAACCGUAGGCGGGAGUUCCCAGGUCCACAUGACCGGCACCCUUGGUGUUGUUAAUCUCCCACUGGUGUCUGUGUCACUUCCUAGUACUUCGUCUUCACCCUCCGCAACUUUGCUACCUACUUUGGGAAAGAAGAAACGAAAGAGAUGUGGAGUCUGUGGACCCUGCCAGCAGAAGGCGAACUGUGGUGACUGUACUUACUGUAAGAACAGAAAGAAUAGCCAUCAGAUCUGUAAGAAGAGAAAAUGUGAAGAGCUGAAAAGGAAACCCUCCCUCAGUGCUCCUCCGGAGGUUAUUAAAGAAAACAAGAGGCCCCAGAGGGAAAAGAAGCCCAAAGUUUUAAAGGCACAAUUUGACAACAAACUAGUAAAUGGCCCCAAGUCAGAAUCCAUGGAACACAGUAACUGUGGCCAUGGGGAAGAACAAAGAUUGGAGUUGAACCCAUAUCCCCUUGACAAUGUAACCAGAACGGAGGAGAGCAUGACAGGCAUUGAAGUGGAAAAAUGGACACAAAACAGGAGAACACAUUUAAGUGAUCACGUCAAAGGAGAUUUCACUGCUCCUGUCACAGGAGCUGAAAAAGUGAAAAACACCGAAGAUGACAAGAAAAAAGCCCCGCUUAGUGACCUUGAACCUCAAAAGCUACUAUCACAAACUGUAAGAAACGGCAUAAAAAAUGUACACUACCUACCACUUGAAACAAAUGUGCCAUUUAAAAAAAUUAAUAUUGAAUUUGGCAAGGCACUUGAAAACAAUUCCUACAAAUAUCUGAAAGACACCGCAAACCCUAACAAUGUCGCGUGCUCCAUAGCCACCAGCCAGAGCUGUGCGCAUCUCAGCGCAGGAAGUAAUGGCUUAGUCUUCCAGAAACCUGGCUUUAACGACAAGUCCGUUCUAGAUCCCACACGCUUGAAUCUUAAAAGUCAGCAUGGUCUGUAUAAUAAAAGUGAACAGCCAAAAACUCCCGAGAGUAUACCAAUUAAAGAACCAAAGGAUGGGUCUCCUGUUCAGCCGACUCUUUUAUCCCUAAUGAGAGAGAGAAUGUUAACAGCGGAGCAGAUGGUGGCCAUAGAGGCCCUGACUCAACUUUCAGAAGCGCCAUCAGAGAAUUCCUCACCAUCAAAGUCAGUGAAGGAUGAAGAAACGGGCCAGAGAACUGCUAGCUUGCUUAACACCUGUAAAGCUUUCCUUUGCUCUGUUCGCAAAGACCUCCAAGACCCAAACUCUCAAGCUGAGCCACAAAUCUUACACCAUUCUCCAUCUUUGGAAAAACAAAAUUCAUGCAAUAUGGUGGUGUUCAAUGGUCAAAAUAACAUUGCCAAUCCAAACAACAGCCUAGCUACUAAUCGAGGAUCCACUAAGGCACAGGUAUAUUCAAAACUCACGAGCUUAGUACCUCUGCUUAAAUCAAAUUCAUCUAAAAUGAACAUCAACAAAAAUGUUGCCCGUGGUAGAAGUCCGCUUGACAAUCAUUCUAAGGGUUUGCAUCAGAUCCCACCAAGAAGUAGUAAAUUGGGAGGCUCUCUUCAAUUAGUGCACAGCAGUAAUAAGAUGGACCUCGAUCUGUCAGGUCAGGAUGCGGUUCAUAGUCAAAUAGAGGAAGAUGUUGCAGCACAGUUAACACAAUUAGCCUCAAGAAUUGAAUUUAAUUUUAUAAAACCAGAGGACAAAAAAUGUAAAAGUAUAUCAACGAGCCUUUCUGCAUGUAAUGCACAGCAAAAAUGUAGUCAGGAAAAGGGCAUAAUAAAAAAGAAGCCACGCUCAAAUGUUCAGAAUAAUCAUGGAUCAUCCUUAACAAAGCAGAAGAGACAAGCUCAGAAAAAGAAAGCCAACCCCCCGAGUGAUCAACGAAAAAAGAGGCCUGCAGUCACACCUAGCGUAGGCAGUGACCGGAAGAGGCAGGAACAGCUAUCAUCUGAGUAUCUAAAGUUACAUGGCAUUUGGAUGGGAUCUAAAUUUCAAAGAUAUGGACAUGUGGGCCCACAUCGAUUUCCGAUUCAGAUGGGAACAAUUUCUCCCCAACAGAAAGUAUCUGAGCCACAAAUUCAAACAAAUUCUACAAGACAGCAUAACAAAUUAUUCUCUCCCAUCACUCAGAUAAAGAUUGAGAGAUAUCAUCCUCAAAUAGCACAGGAAAAGUUAAUCAAGUUCGAACCUUUGGAUUCAUCCUUUCUAUCCCCGUUCAAAACAGGGCAGGUGUUUAUAGACAAAGGUUCCAGUUCUCAGGUACCAUCAACAGGGAUUGCUAAUCAGAAAACUCAUCCGUUGCCCCAGCCCCCCUUGACACUUAACCCAUUUGCUCACUUCAUGGCUGGCAAGGACCAAACACAGCAUCAGCAGGAUACUAAAGAGCACCUGGUGCAUGAGAGGCUGCUGACGUUGCCUGGCAUCUCUCAUGAGAGACCUCUAUCUGACCCAGCACAAAUUCUCAGGAAUGUAAAUGCAGUAAGUUCAGGUGGACAUGUAGUGGUUUCAACCAAAAUGGAAGAGGAUGUCUACUCCUUUAGUACUGGAACAUCCACAUUUUCUCCAGGACAGAACACACAGAAAAGUUUUCAUGAUGAUGCCUUGAACUCCUUUACUCCUCCCCCAAAAGAACAGGGGUCCUCACCAAACGAUGCUGAUCCACCCACCUGCACCUGCACCUAUCAGAGUCGACUUAUACAAAAAGACAAAGGUCCAUAUUAUACACACCUUGGGGCAGGACCAAGUGUUGCAGCUGUCAGGGAAAUCAUGGAGAAUAGGUUUGGUCAAAAAGGAAAUGCAAUCAGAAUUGAAAUUGUGGUUUAUGCUGCAAAAGAAGGAAAAAGUUCUCAUGGUUGUCCCAUUGCUAAGUGGGUUUUAAGAAGAAGCGGUGAUGAAGAAAAAGUUCUGUGUCUGGUCCGGCAGCGUAGAGGCCACCACUGUUCAACAGCUGUAAUGGUAGUGCUCAUCAUGGUAUGGGAAGGCAUCCCUCUCCCCAUGGCUGACAGAUUAUACACGGAGCUCACCGAGAGUCUAAAGUCAUACAAUGGUCAUCCCACAGCACGAAGAUGCACCCUCAAUGAAAAUCGUACCUGUACAUGUCAAGGAAUUGAUCCAGAGGCUUGUGGAGCUUCUUUCUCAUUUGGCUGUUCUUGGAGUAUGUACUUCAAUGGCUGCAAAUUUGGUAGAAGUCCAGCCCCCAGAAAAUUUCGAAUUGAUCCAAGUUCUCCCUUAAAUGAAAAAAUCCUUGAAGACAAUUUACAGAGUUUGGCUACGAGUUUAGCUCCAAUUUAUAAGCAGUAUGCCCCUGUUGCUUAUAAAAACCAGAUAGCGAAUGAAGAAAUUGGCCGAGAUUGUCGCCUUGGGUAUCAGGAAGGCCGUCCUUUCUCUGGUGUCACUGCUUGCCUGGAUUUUUGUGCCCACCCCCACAGAGACAUUCAUAAUAUGAAUAAUGGAAGCACUGUGGUUUGUACUUUAACCAGAGAAGAUAACCGCUCAUUGGGAGUCAUUCCUGAAGAUGAGCAGCUCCAUGUGCUACCUCUAUACAAACUUUCAGACACAGAUGAGUUUGGCUCAAAGGAAGGAUUGGAAGCCAAAAUCAAAUCUGGGGCCAUCCAGGUCCUCACACCUCGUAGUAAAAAAAUUAAACAUUUUACUAUGCCUGUUCCUCGUUGUGGGAAGAAGCGGGCGUCGAUGAUGACAAAGAUUCUCACUAACAAGAAGAACGAGAAGAAGCUCGUUCCUGCCAUGAAGCGGAAGAAGUAUAAUCCAACAACCAACAAUCGUAAGGCGUCAUCACUGCCUCUUUUAGGGUGUAAAACUGAGACCUUGCAACCUGAAAUAAAAAGUGAAACUGAACCGCACUUUAUCUUCAAAGGUUCAGACAACACUAAAACCUACUCAAUGAUCGCAUCCAUUCCUCGCUCAGCGAAAGAGGCCAACAUGCCUCCAGGCUUCUCCUGGUCCCCCAAGGCUACUUCAACCACAGCAGCUCCUUGUCAGAAUGAUGCAGCAGUGUCCUCCAGGUUUCCAGAAAGCAGUAGCAACCCCUACUGCAAAAUGCCUUCUCCCAGACUCAGUGGUGCUAAUGUACCUGCUGAGGAAAACUUGGGAAUUGCACCAUCUGAUGACUCAGUUCCUCUUACUCCCAUUUCUACUCCCAUGACAGAUUCCCUGGUUUAUUCUGAGUCUCCCAGUGGUCCAACUGAGCAGCUAACAACUAAUUGGCAAAACCAGCAGCCCCCGCCUAUCACCUCUCAAGAACUUGCUCCCACUGGGAUGGAAGAAGACGAUCCGCAGUCUGAAGCAGAUGGUCCUUUGUCUGAUGAGCCUCCUUCAAAUGAUCCCCUGCCAGAUGCUGAGGACAAAUUGCCCCACAUCGAUGAGUAUUGGUCAGACAGUGAGCACAUCUUCUCAGAUGCCAAUAUUGGUGGGGUGGCAAUCGCACCGUCGCACGGCUCUGUAUUGAUUGAAUGUGCCCGGCGAGAGCUUCAUGCCACGACUCCUCUCGAGCGUCCAAAUCGGAGUCAUCCUACCCGCCUCUCCCUUGUCUUCUACCAGCACAAAAACCUGAAUCAGCCACAACACGGUUUUCAAGCAACCAAGAUGAAGUUUGAGGCUAAGGAGGCUACGAAUAAAAAAAGUGAGAUUUCAGAGCAGAAAGACAAGGAAUCUAAUGAAGUAGUAGUGUUCCCUGAACUGGCCCCUGAACCCUUCCCUGCCCCUGUCCCAGAAUCGUGCCCUGAAGGUAAUGCAUUGCACCAAAUUCCUUAUCAUAAAGCAGUAACAUCAACAAAAAACAAGUUUGUUACAGUGUCCUCUUAUGCUUUCACACAUGUUGCCGGGCCCUAUAAAAAGUGGGCCUGAAAGCUUCUCUCCCCUUCUUAAUGCCUUUGCUAGUGUAGUGUAUUUUUUCAAGGUGCUGGUAAAAGAAAAAUCAUGUUGUCGUUUACUAUAUCUUCAUCUCACCCAUUUGAAGGCUGAGGUUAAAAAAAAAAAAAAACAUAAACCGGGUGGGGGUUUCUUAACUCUGACUAUUUUGACAAUUAGUAGAAAGUGCACAUUUUAAGCAAAUAUAAAAGUUUUAUAGUUUUAAAUACAUAAAGAAAUGUUUUGGUUAGGUUUAACCUUGAUAGGAUCACCCAGUUUGGUGCUUUAAAUUAAGUCUGUUUAUUAUGAAACGAGUCAUUUUUAGAGGAUUUUAACAGGUUCAUGUUCUAUGAUGUAAAAUCAAGAUACACAGUGUUAACUCUACACAGCUCCUGGUGCUUAACCACAUUGACACAGUUAAAAAAUAAGCUGACUUAUUACUUCAUGGUGCCAUUGUUAAGACAUCUUCCGAUCAUUGCUAGUAAAUCGGCAUAUUCUUUUGAAGCAAACCAAUGAAAUGUUUUCUGCUGUACAAAAUAGUUUGUGUUGUUAGUAAUGGUUGGCGGCUGUUCAAAAAUUGUAAAUAUAUAUUUUAAAAGCACUUUCUAUUUUAAAAGUAACUUGAAAUAGUAUAAGAAGCCUAUUGUCUAUUGUUAGUGCAUAUUUGCAUACAAGAGAAAUCAUUUAUUCUUGCUGUGUAGAGUUUAUCUUGUUAAAUGCAAUAUGUGUUCUACUCAUGUAUAUGGUUUUGUUUUUGUUUUUCAGUAUAUUCUUAUUCUGUUAUCUACUUAUAGAAAGUAGAGACAAUAUAAAAAUUGUUAAAUGAUCUCUAAAGUCAGAAUUAGGCAACUUAUUGAUAUUUUCUUUGGAACUAAUUAAGAGUUGUCCCUUCUGAUUGAGUGAGCAAGUGGCCUCAUUUUAUCUUUACUCUGACUAUCCAUGAGAGCGAUUUCCAAAUGGAUACUGGAUAGAAUUGAUUUUGAAGAGUCAAAUGCUUCCAAUGUUAAAAUAUGAAAAUAAAUUAACUAACUACCCCUAACUGCCUUAUUUGUUCUGAAAGUUAAUCAGGUAUAAAAUUAGAAAAAAUUCUUGUUAAAAGUGUUAAGGACAAAUUUCCUUGUCAUUACACUGCCAGUGAAACUGAAGGAUUGGUAUUAUAAGCAUGGUUUUGUCCCUCCAGAAUUAUCCAAAUAGUUGAUCUCACCAUUUUAGUUUUGCAGAAAUUUUAUUUUAUCUUCUGUAAUUGACUAUACUGUGAUAGGAUGUCUAACCAACAGGAAAAUUGGCAUUCCACUUAUUGUAGUUGUUUCACUAUUUAUUCCCAUUCUUUAUUGACUUAUUUUCAAGCAAAACUAAAGAAACUAAAGAGAUCGCCCAAGUAAAAUGUUCAGAACAACAACAAAAUACUUGAUUCUGUUAAAAUGCAGAGGUGCUAUAACAUUUAAAAGUGUCAGUUUCCUUGGGAGUAUGGAAAACCUAAUGGUGCUUCUCCCUUGGAAAUGCCAUACGAAGCCCACAACCACUAAAACUCAUAAUUUUGGUGCAAAAGUAAAUAGUUUAAGCAAGCUCUCUAAAGAAAAACUUUGAACAUAUUAAUAUAAUUUAUGGUGCAAAGUAUAAAUGUCAAGCUUUUGACUUAUCCAAGUAAAAGAACAUGAAGGGGUUGCAAAUAACAAAACUUCAGUUGAGAGAGCAUCGUCCUGUACAACUAGAUCUCUGCUUUUGAAACAUGUACAAUAGGGUAAUUCAUUGACUUGGUUUAGUAUUUUGUGUGCCUUUGUUUUCCGUUUUAAAACAUGUACAUUUUUGUGAACCUAAGGUUUCCCAUACACAUAUAAGUAUAUAAAUAGUGAUUGUUUAUUGCUUCAGCUGCUCGAAUAAGAUAUUUACUAGUACUAGACUAUCAGGAAUAAACCCUUGUGAUUUUUAGGCUUUAGCUCCCACUCGAAAUUAUUUUCUCACUAGAUUUAAUGGAUAAAGUUUUAUAGCCUUUAUCCAUACAUCCACCUUCCAUUCUUUUGUUCUACGAGUAAUUACUGUAUGCUUCCAAAUGUUAAAUACGCCUUUGUUCUUUGAAUCACUACAUAAGACAUAGUGAACUUAAAGAAUUUAAAUCCUAAAGAUGUCCUGGCAAAUAUUAAAUUUCCCUCAAAACAGUCAUUAUGUCUGCAUUUAUCUAACCUUUUAAAAAUACUGAAGUUUAAACACCAGUGUUGAUUUAUGUGAAUAUUGGGAUUUGUGGUUUACCAAAACAACUACAUAAAAAUAUUCCGUGUUGACUAGCAUUUUGCCACUCCAUUGUAGUAAUGAAGUUCUUUUGUAGACUGCCUCAACUGUCAACCUCACCAUGGGAAACACAGGAUUCUGACCCAAGUGUAACCAUUUACUGUCUCAUUCUCUGCCCUGGGAUUAUAAGACAUUUUUUUUGUUUUAAUCUUAUUCAAUGUUCUGCAGCAUUGUGAUUAUAUGCUAGAUGCACUGUUUUUAGAAUGCUCCUUAUCAAGCAAACAAAUAAUUUACUUCUUUGAAGGCAUUUUCAUUCAGAAACUAUACAUCUAACAUUUUUAUUUUUCUGUUCUGAUUUUCUGUAAUGGUUCCCGUUUCAUCCGUGUUAAUUUGGGUUUUGAAUCUUCUGCCUUCUUUCAUGAUCUGAUAGUUGAAUUCAUUGACACAUAACCAUAAAACUGUUUAGCAUCAUGAGAAUAAGUCCUGUGUUUUGUAUAUACAAUCCUAUUCCCUGCAGCCCAUCAAAAACCACCUCUAAUAAAUUUUUCUUAGGCCAUUGUUUGAGGUUUUUUCUUAUACUUGUCAGCUUGUCCUACCUCUUGUUUUGAACUCUUCCAUAAAGUACCAAAUAAACCAUAUUAAAAACCUAAUUAUUAUUCAAAAGUGUCAAAAUAUGAAAACCUGUAGCUAUAGGGUGUUCUGUUUUAUUUGUCCAACAUGUUUUGCCUCUUAAAUAACCUUCCAGUGUCUUCAUUAUGCAAUCUGCAUGGAUGUGGGUUCUUCUCAUUUAUUAAAUAUAGAAUUUCAACUAGAUGCAAUCCGUAUCAAUUUAUUUAAGACAUAGUCUAACACAUACUUAAUUAAAUGCAUACACUUGUGUAAAUGAGCUACUGAUUUAAUUCACAUUUACUGGUAUUGUUAAACAAUUGCUAACUGAAAAUCGAGUGGAACAGAGCCAUCAACCACUCCACCUGAGGAAGAUGUGGCAGUCUGCCUCAUGAAAGAUUACAGCUUUGGAAGGCUAUGGGGCAGUUCUAAUCUGUCCUGUCGCACCUCUGGAUUGCAGUCAAUAAAAGGAAGUUGGUGUUCUUCCUCCUACUGUUCACUGUUUCACCAUAGCAUGUUUGAGGGUGACUCCAAAGGCAGUACAUAUACUUUUAAAACAUAGAUGUAGACAUUUUUUUCUGAGGCGAAGUUGUGAUAUUACUGCAUGACAACUUCCACCAAUAGUGGCACAGCAUUAUCUUUUAAUGUGCCAACAGAAUCAGUAGCUGUAUUCCACCUUUACUAAAAGAUAACUGUCUUCUAUUUCACAGUUUGUUAAUGCAUGGGGGAUUUUUGUGGCGUCUUGUUUUUGUCUAGAUUCAAUAAAAUUGUAAGUUCUGAAUUUUUAUAGAAAUUUAUGACAAGUGAAUUGUGAAAUAAGCUAUAUGGUUGUGGCCUCUCACAGCACUGGAAGUCACUUUCCAAGUCACAUAGUUCAGUCACUUAAAAAGCAGAAGUUAAGAUGGGUUUGUAAUUAACUUUGUAAGGUCACGGCCAUGUUUUGGGUAGUAGGGCUGUAGAUAAACAAAAUGUGCUCCCCCAGAGGAUCGUGUUAUUCAUUGGUAAAUAACCUUAUGUUGGCACAAAUCAAAAAUGGCUCUGGGUUAUUUCUGAGAGGUUUGGGGAGGGGGGCGGUGUUUAAAUUGCAGAAAGACACCCCUACUUGCAGAUUUAGUUGGCGGGGUGGCUUUUCAAAUAUCUAGCUGUCUUAUCAAAGGAAAUGGCCAAAAAAUAUCUGGCAAUAGGAAAAUUAUUUUAGAGUGGCAAUGCACCUAUUAGCUUGGUGAGUAAAUGCUUCUGUGACACAGGCUUUUAUUUCCUCUGAAAUUAGUGUUAUGCAUAUUGUGAAGUGCUAUACAGAUUAGGUGAUCGAAAUACUGAAAGAAGCAUAUUUCCAUUGUACAUACUAUCUACUCGUACUUUUUGUAUAUACUACGAUUCACAUCUAUUGCCUAUUUGGCCUAGCAUUGCUUAUUUUGGUAUGCGUUGUCUUCAUGUAUUACAAUUUUUAAAAAAAUAGUGCACAGCUGCUAAACUUGCCCAGAAAUGAUUUGAUCUGUAACUUCAGUGAUCUGAUCGUUGGCCAACCUGGGUGCUGAAAGAUCCAAAUCAUGCUCCAAGUUUAGCUUUCUUCUAAUAGUUGUUCAAAAUUAAAUUAUCUUUGGCUCUAGAAUGCAAUUCAAAAGUGAGGAUCCUUGGUACCUUUGGUUUUUCUUCUGUGUAUAAAAUAGAGGUUAGGUUCCUCCGUCUGAGAGGGUCCAAUUAGCUCCCAGGCAGAACAUCACUCUUUGUCCGUGUUGAAUACGAGGUAGAGAUGUUAUUGUCAGGUGUUAACAGAGCUAGCUAGUGUAACCCUUUUCUGUCUGGGUGAAACUUUGUAAAGCUUUGGCUAGCAAGUGUAAACAAUUUUCCCCAAAACAGCAAUGUUGUCCCCCACAGCUCUUAUGAAAGGUAUUCUUGCUUUAGUCAUGAACGAAAAACAUCUGUCAGAAACAUUUUAUUUUGAUAGAAAUAAUAGUGGAACAUAAUUUCAUUUCUUUUGGCAAGGUUUGAACAUUUAUUCCUUGACCAGAAACAUUGGUUUUCUUUUUUGUCAUUUUCUGAGGCUGCAAAGUCACUAUGUUUUCAUCCUAUGUUCUGUCCUUUGAUUUUCUUUAAACAUUUCUAUUCCUCCUUCCGUUCAGUCCCUUCUCUAUUUCCCCAUUCACCCUCCACCCCACACACAUAGACAUGCACACAUGCACCUGCAGAUGGUUCGUUCUAAGAACAGCAGUGAGCACGGCCAUGUCAUCUUUCCUGUGUUUUAAAAUGGGUUUGCAUGUCCUUUUGGUACAAUACCAAAAAGAACCAAGAAAUUUUAUUUAGCUUUUUUUGGGUUUGUAAGACAAGGGAGUAAUCACUCCCUCAUAUGUUAACAUUGAGGUUAAUAUCAAUGUAACCUCAAAAAAUUGAUUACUCUUUGAAAUUUGUACCAAGGAUUAUAUGUGAAGUUGAAUAUUCUAGGACUGUUUCCAUAUGACGGCUAUUUUUGUGCACUACAUCUUAAUUGGCUGACCAGUAACUGAAUUAAUGAAGUGUCUGAGCUCUAGAAGAAGUAAUUUCUCAAUGAUUGUAUUCUUGCUUACUUGUGGAAGGCAUCUAUCUACUUUUAAUGCAAAAGUUCCCCGUGAGUUUUUGUCAUUGUCAGUCAGUAGUAAUCUGGAGGUGACUCAGAACUAGAAAAUCUACGUAGUGGUGGCAAGAAAGUAAGUUCCUAUCAGCAAUCUGCGGAUUUACUACUAGCUCAAAACUUAGAAAAAUAUUAACCCCUGCUAUAUGGCCUAGAUUAUCAAACUGGCUUCCUAUAUGUUCUUUUUGUCCCCACCUCGAGGGCUAAAGUGAACCUGCAGGUGACAAAGCUAGUGCAAGUGGCUUGCUCCACGUCACAAAGUGAUCAUUAUGAGACUGACGCUUACCCUUCUUUAGCCUGCUUAAUGCAUUUCUGCACAAUGACCUAUGACUUAGGAGUUGGUACCAAGGUGAACUGAGAUGGAAUAAAACCUAUUUAUUGAAUGUGAAACAUGCUUAUUAAAAGUGUCCCUAUAAAAACAGGAGGGGGACAAACACCCAACAUAAUCUAUAAAAAAGGACAGGAGACAUUACCUGUGAAAAAACUUAAGGUUUGCAUUUCAAGAUCAAAUGUAAUGCAUUUGAUAUAUACAACUGCAGAGGUUUCUUGAAUGAGUUUACUUGGUAAACUCUAAGAGAUAAUACUAUCUCCCAUUUAAUUGAAUGUGUUUAGCUUUGCUUUGUUUCCAGCCACAUAAAAUCAAAGUUUAAAUUUACUGUUUGCUCAGUGAUAAGAAAGUAAGGAGGCAUACUUGUGAGGUUUUUAAGCUCUUUAUAAACCAGUAAGCUGUUUUAAAUAAAUUUCACUUUUGGUGACUGUUCUGUAACUUCUAACUACCUACUCUUAUAAAUUCCUUUUUUGAUAUUAUAAAAUGGCUGAUGUAUUAGGACUUAACAGAAGCAGUUCUUUACAAUUUUUCUUAAAUAUGUCUUCACAGUUUGUGGUGGUUUGUUUGUUUUACUUUUGUGAUAUAUAGGUGCUGUAAGAGAAGCAUUAUUCCAGAAAUGGUUUUGUAGAAACAGCAAAAGGCAGCUUUGGGUUACUGACAGGAGAGGAGUGUGGUCAUCUAUGGGCUACUGAGGAAUACAAAAUGUUCCCUAAGGAGGAAUUUACAAACCUACUUGGCAAAAAGAAAAACAUUCAUUUCUAAUUUGUUUUUUCUUUUUUUUUUUUUCUAAUUUGUUUUCUUUUGUGAUAUCUGAUGACCUUCCAAGUACAAUCAUAUACUUUGGUUCAAAGCAGAUGCCAGAGGAAUUAUCAUUAGUGGGAAUAAAAUAUUCAUAAAUAUUUUACCAUGGUGAAGUAGAAUAAAUCAGGAUUCCCAAUAAAAUAAUGACUUUCCCCCUCAUCUCUGGGGUAUAUUUACUAUUUAUUACCUUUGGGUUUAUAUAUUUUUAAAAUUUUUUCCCCAUUUCCGCCCCCCCUUGUCAUCCUACUGAUUAAAUACUGUGUAUAAUAAAGUAAGUUAGUAGGGAUUUUUUUUUUUAAUCCACAUAUAUCCGUUUUCAGUUCUUAGCAUAAGGGGGGAAAGAGUUUAAAGAAGCACUUCACCAUGUAGAAGGGAGGAAGUAAUAUUAACUGGUUAUUUCUUUCAUGAUCAAUAUUUAGCCCUCUGCAGACAAGGGAACAAUUCUAGCAGAACUUGAAAACUUGCAAGUUGGAAAUGUAUGUUACUUGAAAGAUGUAAUGAAGCUAAAUUUUGGUGCACAGCAAUUGUACAUGAUUUCAUGUUUAUGUAGCAAAAUGCAUUGAACUGUAUUAGUAUUGAAAUAUACAUGUAAAGAUAGCUCAUGGAAAUUGUCUAUUAUAUUUUCUUGUGUGUCUUGUUUGUUUAGAGCUUAAAUUUUCUUUUUUUUUAAAUUGUUCUAAUUAAAUAGGACUAAAUGAAUACUGUAAUUGAAAAUAUAUUUUAAAUCUUUGUCAUGAGUUUUUAAAAGAAAAAAACUAUUACAAAUUGUAUCAUUCCUGCUUACACAGAACUUUGUGAGUGAUUUUAAAUAAAUUUUAUACUUCUAUUUUGUA